UGAGCGUUGUGAACAUCAACAAAAGAGAAAAAGAGAAAGGAGAAGGACUAGAAGGAAUAAGUCUACGCUACAGCAAACACAACAGAUAUGUGGAUUUAACUCACAAAACAGUGUAAAUACUGUGGUGAAAAUUAGGGAUCACUUCUUCCAGUGCCAGCUGAGACAUGGACGCCUUCAAGCUGAUGAAGGAGCUGCGAGUGAACUAUGAGCAGGAGGUUCAAUAUCUCCCUAAAGAGACGGGACUGAGUCUAAUUGAAUCCACAACACAGGACGACAGUCGGAUCUCAGCCAAGUGCAGAGAUGCCAAAGUGGAAGACCUGUGGAGUCUGACCAGCUUCUUCGGUUACAGCACGCAGACCUUCGUCCUGGCCGUUAACCUGCUGGACAGAUUCCUGGCCAUGAUGAGGAUCCAGCCAAAGCACCUGUCCUGUGUCAGCCUCAGCUGCCUCCACAUGGCGGCCAAAGUGACAGAGGAGGAGUGCAACCUGACGCCCACUGACGAGCUCAUCCGUAUCGGACAAUGCAGGUUCACAGUGUCCGACCUCAGCCGCAUGGAGAAGAUCGUUGCCGAGAAGCUCAACUUCAAAUCCAAAGCCAUCACUGCCUUAACCUUCCUGCACCUGUACCACCAGAUCACACUCACACACUCCACAGACAGGAAGGAGAAGCUGAACCUUGAGAAGCUGGAGGCUCAGCUCAAAGCCUGUCUGUGCCGGAUCUCCUUCUCUAAAGCAAAGCCGUCCGUCCUGGCCUUGUCUCUCCUGAGGCAGGAGAUUGAAGCCGUUCAGUCUGAGGACAUGUUGGAAAUAGCCUCUCACAUCCAGAGACACCUGAAGAUUGCGGACGGUGAGCUGCUGCUGUGGAGCGAACGUGUCGCUCAGUGUCUGUCGGACUACGCCUCCCCCGAAUGCAGCAAACCCAACCACAGGAAGCUGCAGUGGAUAGUGUCCCGGCGGACUGCCCAGAACCUGCACACCUACCGCAGCGUCCCUGAGCUGCCCACCAUCCCAGAGGGAUGCUGGGAUGAGAGUGAGAGUGAGGAUUCAUGUGAGGACAUGAUGAGUUCAGGUGAAGAGUCCCUCAGCAGUUCUCUGGGCAGCGACGCUGAAGGGCCCUUCUUCCCUCUACACUUCCGCUGCCAAAAGCACCGCCAACACCUCCGCCAACACCUCCACGCCUGAAGCGUCCGCCAUCCUGUGCCUUGCCAUCUUGCCCCUUUCUAAACCCUCUACCUGACGUUUUUUUUAAUUUAUUGUUUAAUAAGCCUUGGUGCUGGUGGAGAAUCGCACACGUGGCAGCUGAGCAGUCCAGACUCUUCUGGUAGAUUUGCUAGUUUUUAGUUUGUAGAAGUGUUGGUGCAUGUUGAAGUGUCACAUUCCAGGAUGCAAGGUUUUAAGGAUGUACCAGUGAUAUUUAGCGGAUAAACUCGAUGCAGGGGCUGUCAGAUCAGACCAGAAACAGUUCUCAUUGUUGACUGGAAGAUAAUUUGCUAAAAUGUGGUGUUUAUUUAAUGGAAUGUUUUUUUGACUGUUAUUAAUCUAAGACUGUUUUCUUAAGGGUAAGGAGGAGUUCUCCCUUUGUGCAGAGGCUGAGUAGCCACGGUCGUAUUGUCUUAAUGUAGUUAUUCAGAGAGAAAGACGGAUGGGAUGUUUUCAGGUCUCCUGAGAUAAACAUUUAAGUCCUCAUCACCACUUAACUGUCAACGUUCCAUCUUUUUUGGGGCUUGAAAACUACAUUGGAGUUUUGUCAUUUCUUGCAAUAACUGCGUCUCCAGAUGUGAGUGUAAGCGAUGCGACUGCAGCCGCUCUGAUCCUCUUCAGCAAAGUUUAAUUUGCACAAUUUUCUUUUAUUCUCAGUUCAAGUGUUAAAUGGUGAAACCGGAGGUUGGAGUUUGUGUCUGAAGGGAAACUGAUGCGUUAGCAAUGUUUUUAUUUGCCGCGUCACUGAGUUUACAGUAGGUUUCCCUUCAGAUUGAAGCCCCACUGACAUCACAGGGCAUUCAGAAAAAAAACAUUUAAUAAGUGUGUAAGUGUGUGUGUGUUUGUGGGUGUGUGUAUGUAUGAACCUGGUUUAAGUUUAAAGUUGCCAAUUUUAGGAUGUAGCUUAAAAAAAAAAGUCUUCAGUGUUUGAAACUGUUCAGAGAGAAUGUUGAAUGGAAUAAAAUAAUGCUGACCUCGUGUCAAAAAAAGUCUAAAAAAUGUUAAAAAUGUAAAAAAAAUGUUAAUACAAAAACAUGUAAAACUGUAAAUGAUGUACAAAAAAAAAAAAUCUGUUAAUAGUUCUCUGUAGAUAUUAAGUUAUUUAUUAUUUUUUGUCACCUGUACUGAAAAAGAAAAUCUUAUAAAAAUGUUAUUUUUAAUCUUU